AUGCCACAGCUGCUUUUCUACAAUGAUGGCAAAGGGUAUUUGCAGCAAAAUGAUCUAUCAAGUGGCCCUCCUAUUGCUCCUAUCAAUCAAUCUAGCCAGCCCAAUCUCAGUGUCAAUACAUCUUCAUUAUCUAACCCAGCAAGUCGCACCGGCUCUCCAUCACUCUCAGUACUUGGGCUUUUGCCAGCACCUGGUCCAAGCCCUUCUGUACUUACGGAGAAUUUAUCGCAGCCUGCUAGUCCAUGGGGGAUGCAUUAUACUAUGCCUAGUCUGCCAUCAACAUCUCGCCCUGUCUCCCGUACUUUAACUGGUGUGGCCAGCGGACCUCUUUGCCCUGACAUUCAAGUUAGCGACAUCUCAAAAGAGAGAAAGACUGCAGAUAAUUUCCUCAGAAUACUUGAGGAAGUUAUCAAGAAUGUGAACGAGUCCUGGGUCUCUCAGGUUAUUGCUGUAGUUACUGACGCUUCUGGAGAGUCUCGCAAAGCUCGGCAGCUUCUGGGCAUCAAAUUCCCCUCAAUGAUAGUUCUCGAUUGUUACGCGCACCAGAUAAACCUUAUUGUGGGCAAUUACUUCAAGUCUCGCUCUGAUCUAUUUGUCUAUACCAAUCUCGCAAACAAAUUGAUCAGCUGGCUUCGAGGGAAAAUCAUUUUCCUGGCCCUCAUCAAGGAAUUUCAGAAGAACACUGGGGAAUCCGCUACUGCAGUUAUUUGGGCGGUUCUGACUCGAUGGACGGCUCAUUUUAUGGCGUAUAAACGCCUUCUUGAUCUCAAGUUUUGUCUGAUGCAGCUCUCUGGUGCUGAGCUUGCAUGUAAGGAUAAGAAACUCAUUAUGACAGGUGAUAAAAAAUCAAGAGAAAAGGCAGAGUCCAUGCUCUGGUUGAUUCAAGAUCACCCAAAUACUUUCUGGCCUGCAAUUCAGAAGGUUCAUGAUCACCUUGAGCCUCUUGCGAUUGCAGCCAAUAUCACCCAGGCUGCUCAAUGUCACCUCUAUACAGUCUUGCUGAUGUUUGGCUAUCUCAUCAAAAAAUAUCGCAAGCUUCUGUCAAGCGAUCCUGAGGGCAACAAAGCGUGCACGGCCAUCAUCUCGAGCAUUGAGGCUCACUGGUCCAGGGCUGAUCAAGAGUUAUUCAUUGCUGCUAUCAUUCUCAAUCCACUUUUUGUUCGCAAGCCAUUCGCUCCCAGCACUCAUUUGAGUGUUGCUGGGAUAAUUAUGCUCUUAGAACGCUUGUAUUGCCGUCUCUUUUCCUGCAGCUCAGCCCCUCCUGGCUUUAGCCGGCAGCUGAUGCACAACAUCUUUGCAUUUGGGACUAUUCUAACAAAACUACGCGCCAGCCUUGGAACUGUAACACUGCAGGGACUUGCAGAACUAAAGAUGAUGAUUAGAGACAAACACCGGGACAAGAAAUUGCUGGCAAAGCAGCGCCUCUUUCAGUCUAUGCAAGAGCAAACACGGGAUAACUACUUCCUUCCUAUUUCUACAUUCCCUCCACCAUCUCCCAUUGCUUUGGAUGAGGCGGCUACACCACCCUUUACUGAGCUAAAUAGCUCAGAAGAACCUUCAUCACCACAAGCCUAG